AAUAGGCGGCUCUGGAGCCCAGACCCAGCGCGGACUGAGAAGGCGGUGGCUGCGGCAGCGUCGAGUGUCCGAGCCGGCGUCUGCGAGUGGAUUGUAUCCGAGCCCGGGACCUAGUUUUGACCGUGUCCGUGUGCGAGUGGACGGCGUCAGACGCGAUGACUCUGAAUGGCGGCGGCAGCGGAGCGGGCGGGAGCCGCGGCGGGGGCCGGGAGCGCGAGCGCCGUCGGGGCAGCACCCCCUGGGGCCCCGCGCCCCCGCUGCACCGCCGAAGCAUGCCGGUGGAUGAGCGCGACCUGCAGGCGGCGCUGGCUCCCGGAGCUCGGGCAGCGGCCACAGCUGGGCCCGGACCCCAGGGUCCGAGGCUGGACUGGCCCGAGGGCUCUUCCGACUCGCUCAGCUCCGGGGGCAGCGACUCAGACGAGAGCGUUUACAAGGUGCUGCUGCUGGGGGCGCCUGGCGUGGGCAAGAGCGCUCUGGCGCGUAUCUUCGGUGGUGUAGAGGAUGGGCCUGAAGCAGAGGCUGCAGGGCACACGUAUGAUCGCUCCAUCGUGGUGGACGGAGAAGAGGCAUCGCUCAUGGUCUAUGACAUUUGGGAGCAGGAUGGUGGCCGCUGGCUACCAGGCCACUGCAUGGCUAUGGGAGAUGCAUACGUCAUCGUGUACUCAGUGACAGACAAAGCAAGCUUCGAGAAGGCCUCAGAACUGCGGGUCCAGCUGCGGCGGGCACGGCAGACAGACGACGUGCCCAUCAUCCUAGUGGGCAACAAGAGCGACCUGGUGCGCUCUCGUGAGGUCUCUUUGGAUGAGGGCCGGGCCUGUGCCGUAGUCUUUGACUGCAAGUUUAUUGAGACGUCGGCUGCGCUGCACCACAAUGUCCAAGCGCUGUUUGAGGGUGUCGUGCGCCAGAUACGCCUGCGUCGGGACAGCAAAGAGGCCAAUGCGCGUCGGCAAGCUGGGCGGCGAGAGAGCCUUGGCAAGAAGGCAAAGCGCUUCCUGGGCCGCAUCGUAGCCCGCAACAGCCGCAAGAUGGCCUUUCGCGCCAAGUCCAAGUCCUGCCAUGACCUCUCAGUGCUCUAGGCCCCACGGGCACUCACUGCGUUGUGCAGAGUGAUGGGCAGAUUGGUGGGCUGGCCCAGCCAACGCCCCAGGGGCCUCAGGGCUGGCUCAGACUCUGGGCAUCCCCCACCUCAUGGUCAUGGACAGACAGACAGUGCUGCCCAGGGAGGUGGCUCCCAGUGGCCAUUGAGGGCUGGGCCCACAGAGAUGCGUGUGCAGGCCCAUGUGCGUCCCAGGCAGCAGCCCGAGCCCAACCCAUGGGGCAGGCCUGUGUGUGGGGAGAGGACUCUGCUUUUCUCCACAUCCAGGCGUGCAUGCCCUGGAGAGAGGCUGUUCAGUGCAGUGGCUAUUUGUUUACAUGCAGAUUUUUGUAAUAAAGACUAUUUCCUGAUA